CAAGAUAUUUUCCGGCCGCUCUACCCUGUAGCUGUAGCGCGUGCGCGCACCGCCUUGCCCUGCGGUCCGCAGCCACGAGACUGCCCUGCCCCGCCGCCAAGUGGCCAGAAUCCCGCCGCGGGGCCCGCCGCGAUCGCCCACCAAAACCACCCUCGGGCUCGGGUAUACUACACAGAUACAUGGCCGGCCAUCUCUGAGCCGGUCUCCCGGCAGCAGCAGUCCCUCGGGUUGUCCACGCGGAGCGCCAGCCGAUGGCCGGCCACAGUAUGUCGGUUCACCCGAAGCCUAUAAAUUCCUCGCCGCCCCGCCUCUCGCCGCCCCGCCUCUCGCCGCCCAUUUCCCUCCGCCGCCUCCUAAUCCUCAACACCCGCGCCCCCAACCGCGCCCGUCGUAUGCCACCAUGCACCGCGCCCGCCCCACCGCGCACGCUAAUGACCCCGAUGCUCCGUACGCCGCCGCCGUCGCGAUGCUGCUGGAGCCCAAACUCGAGGACGAGGAGUUGCCGCUGCAGCAGCUGGCGUCCCCGGGCCCCUUCGUGUCCCUGGACCAGCUGAUGCCGGCGGUGGCCGUGCCGGCCGAACCGCGCCCGCUGGAGGCGCUGCUGCAAGGCCCGCAGCUGCCGCCCUUCCUGUCCAAGACGUACGACCUGGUGAACGAGCCGGCGCUGGACGGGGUCAUCUCCUGGGGCGCUGCCGGGAACAGCUUCGUCGUGUGGGACCCCUCCACCUUCGCGCGCGACGUGCUGCCGCACAACUUCAAGCACAACAAUUUCUCCAGCUUCGUCAGGCAGCUCAACACCUAUGGUUUCCGCAAGGUUCAUGCUGACAGAUGGGAGUUUGCUCACGAAGAUUUCCUGCGAGAUAGCAAGCAUCUAUUGAAGAGGAUUGUCAGGCGCAGGUCCUCCCCAACAAAACAAAGCAGCGUUCAGCCUGGCUCUUCUUCUGGAGAGUCCAGCUUGGACCCUGAGCUCCACACGCUGAGGAGAGAGAAGAACGCGCUGCUUGAAGAAGUAGCAAGGUUGAAACAGGAACACCGCCAGACAAUUGAGCAAAUGAGCACGCUGAAUCACAGGCUGGAAUCUGCAGAGGACCGGCAGAGGCAGAUGGUCUCUUUCCUGGCCAAGCUCCUUCAGAACCCGAGUUUCGUGAGGAAGCUGAAGCUGCACAGGGAGAAGAAGGAGAUCGACUCCACCAGGGUGAAAAGAAAGUUUCUCAAACAUGUUCCUCAUGGCAGCGUAGAGUCAGGUGAAUCCAGCUCACAGCACGCCGGAGAGAAUGGUUCGUAUUUCGCUGUGAGUUCCCCCAUGGCUACAACUACAAGCGUGCAUGACGACAUCACGGAGCUUCAGAACUUUCUUUUGGAAGAUGAUGACCUCAACUUCGGCAUGGAUUCAGAAAACACCGGGCUUGAAGGCACCGAGGCAACAGAUGAUAUUGGAGAACUGAUUCAGGGGUUCGACACACAAGAGGAACUUGACCUCGGCAGUGGAGCUGAGCUACAGGAGAUGCCUCCAGCUUCUGGCCCUCUUGCUCGAGAUCCCACAAUCGGCAGGUUCAAGGGAAAGAAUGUGCUGUGUCCAGGACUGGACGCUACCUCCUCCGAAGGCGACUGCCUCAGUCCAUUGCCUGACAACAUGGGGCUGCUUUCAGGCACCAUGCUAGGGACGGCAGGCAGCAUGAUGGCCGCUGACGAUGAGCAAAUAUGGGGCGUUGAUGCUUCGGCAGCCCUGCAAAGCUCUUGCAGUGGCACUAGCCAACAAGCUUUCGGUAGCCAUGCUAGUGAUCCCUAUCUGAUGGACAUCGCCAACAGGCCUGAGAGAUUCUGGGAGCUUGAUUUCCAGGCACUGGAUGAGGCUGAUCUGCAGCUGGACAAGUGUGCUAUCGAUGACCCUGCUCUUCAGCAGCAGCCAAGCAUGAAGAAGCUGUAGACGAAUUUCCGUUGUCAGACAGACAGUAUGGUGGUGCUUCAUCCACUGAAGUGCUACAAUUAACUUAUGGAGAUUGCUAUAGUUACUUCGGUAUUUUGGAGCGAGGCUGAUGAACUCGCCUACUAUGGCACUUAGUAGUAGCAGCAGCAGUAGUAUGUUUUUGUUUCCCAUUUAUUCACCCCCGGUGUUUUUGAAUGGAAACUUGUAUCCUAGUGAUUUCUUCAGAGCAGCUGUUAACUGCUCUGGCCGAUUC